AUGUAUUCAUUAAGACAAGUUGUCAGUAGGGUUUUAUCAAAAAAUACUAACAUAAUAAGGUCUGUUAGGAAUUGUUCUGAUCAGGAACAUAGUACUAAUAAAUGGGCUUUUAAUGAUAUAGAAUCUAAAAAAGGACUUUUCAAACCAAAACAUACAAUUGAAGAACAAAUAAGAUACAUGGAAAGUGAUGCUUAUAAAAAUACUUAUAAAGGAUUGCCGAUAUUCAAAUGGUAUAAAAGAAAUGUUAGAGGACAGGAAGUUACGCAAUCAAAGCCUAGACUUUUUUGUAUAGAUAAAGAAGGAAAGUUUAAUCUGAAUCAUGCCUGUCCAGUCUGUAGAGAUGAAUAUCUUUUUUUUGAUUAUAGAAAUCCAUCUCUUAUUGAACAAUUUUUGGCUGCUGGUACUGAUCAAGUAAUUCCUAUUUUAAAAGCAGGACUUUGUAUUGAGCAAUAUAAUCUUUUGAAAGCACAACUUUUAAAGGCCAAAGAACAUGGUACAAUUACUUUUACAAUAGAUUUUCGUAAUUUUGAUUAUAAACAAUGGUAUCCAAAUUUAGAUGUUUCUCAUUUGGGAGAUAGUGAUAAUAAUUCAACAAAUACACGUGGUAUAUCAUUACAAGAUAUUCAUCCUGAACCAUUGGUUGAAUUCCCUGUUCAUAAGAGAGAUUUAAAUACUAAUUGGGAUGAGUGGUGGAUUAGGCAUGAUAAGUUUGCUAGAAAAGCUAAAUAA